CUCUAGUACUAUGCUUUAUUUUUGUUCCUGUUUUGGUCUCUUUGGUGAAUGAAAAGAAGUUAAGGUGAAGGUGAAUUGAAGGCAAUGAACAGCUUCAUAUUGGUUGUAUCAAUGUUUUUAUGUCUCUCUCAUUCAUUCAUUUUGUUUGCUUAUAGAAUCGGCAAGCUUAAUUAACUCACACAAACCAAGUUAAGUUCUUUUUUGACCUUUAUUCUUCUCUCUCUCUCUACACAAUUCUCUUCAAACCAAACAAGGAAGAGACAUAAUCAACACCUUUCAUUUAGAGCAAGGAAUUAUAAAAAGCUCUUCCUUUGAAGGGUUUUCCAUUACCCUUUCCAGCUCAGUUAUGUUGUGUUUGUUGUUCCAUUGAAUCUUUUUUAUAUUUUUAGAAACUACUUGUAAGGGAUCAAGCUUAUUUUUGCUAAAUCAAGCUUCUUCUUUUUUCUUGGUUUGUGAUUUUUAUUUUGUCUUAACCUUUUGGUUCUAGGACAACUGUCCUAGUACUUCGGAAUUUGAUCAGGAGGUAAGUAAAGUUUGACUGAAAAGUUUGGUCCGGAGAUAAGUAAAGUAUAAUUUGUGAAGUUGGUUUUGUUCUUAUUAAUUGAGUGUUACCAUUUUUAGGUAAAGGGGUUGGCCUAAUUUUUUAUUUUUCUUUUUCAGUUUGAUGUUUUUCAUAUAAAAAACUAAACUUUAUGUUGUUUUAUGUGAUGGGUGUUGCUUUGAUUCCAAGGAGAACAAAAGGGUCAUUUGGAAUUUAUAGUUGAAGUGAAAAAAAGGGAACUUUGAGAAAAAAAAUGCCUGAAGGAGGAGGAAAAAAGAGGAUACAUUUUAGCAAACUAUAUUCAUUUUCAUGUUUCAAAUCACCAUUUAAAGAUGGUCAUUCACAAAUUGGACAAAAAGGGUAUUCAAGAGUUGUUUAUUGUAAUGAUCCUGAUAACAUUGAAGCAAUUCAGUUGAAUUAUGGUGGAAACUAUGUUUCAACUACAAAGUAUACAGUUUUUAAUUUUAUACCAAAGUCUUUGUUUGAACAGUUCAGAAGGGUUGCAAAUAUCUACUUCCUUAUUGUUGCUUGUGUUUCAUUUAGUCCCUUGGCACCUUAUAACCCUUUAAGUAUUUUUGCACCUUUGGUUGUUGUAAUUGGUGCUACUACGGUUAAGGAAGCUGUGGAAGAUUGGAGAAGGAGAAAACAGGAUAUUGAGGCAAACAACAGAAAGGUUCAAGUAUAUGGUAGAAACCAUACAUUUGUGGAGACUAGGUGGAAGAAACUUCGUGUCGGGGACGUGAUUAAAGUGUACAAGGACGAAUACUUUCCUUCCGAUCUUCUUCUGCUUUCGUCAAGCUACGAAGACGGGGUUUGUUAUGUCGAGACAAUGAAUCUUGAUGGAGAAACUAAUCUAAAACUAAAGCAAGCAUUAGAGAAGACAACUCAUCUUAACAAUGAAAACUCUCUCCAAAAUUUUAGAGCUAUGGUCGAAUGUGAGGAUCCUAAUGAAAAUCUAUACUCAUUUAUCGGAACAUUAAAAUAUGACCGUGAAGAAUAUCCUCAUCCUCUUUCCUUGCAGCAGAUCCUUUUAAGAGAUUCUAAGCUGAGAAAUACCGAAUAUAUCUAUGGUGUUGUUAUCUUUACUGGUCACGAUACAAAAGUGAUGCAGAAUUCGAUUGAUCCUCCAUCAAAGAGGAGCAAAAUUGAGAGAAAAAUGGAUAAGAUAGUAUACAUUCUUUUCAGUACAUUGAUUUUGAUAUCCUUUAUCGGUUCUUUAUUUUUCGGUGUUGAGACGAAAAGGGAUAUUAACCCCGAUGGAAGUUACAGAAGAUGGUAUCUUUAUCCGCAGGAUCCAACUGUAUUUUACGAUCCUAGAAGGCCUGGCCUUGCUUCUGUUCUUCAUUUUCUAACCGCCCUUAUGUUGUAUGGAUACCUAAUUCCGAUAUCACUUUACGUGUCGAUUGAGAUUGUGAAAGUUCUGCAGAGUAUUUUUAUCAACAAAGAUCAGGAAAUGUAUUAUGAAGAAUCAGAUAGGCCAGCUCAUGCGCGCACGUCAAAUUUGAACGAAGAGCUUGGUCAAGUUGAUACCAUAUUGUCUGACAAAACUGGUACUUUGACAUGUAACUCUAUGGAGUUUGUCAAAUGUUCUGUCGGGGCUAUUCCAUACGGUCGUGGUAUUACCGAAGUCGAGAAGGCACUUGCUAAAAGAGGGAAGGACGUUGAAUCCCAAGGUGAUGCUUAUUCGUCUGAUUUCUUGAGCCAGAAUAGCGACACUGUGGAUUCUCAGAAGCCAAUUAAGGGAUUUAACUUUAAAGACGAACGCAUAAUGAACGGGCGAUGGAUUAAUGAACCACAUCCGGACAUCAUACAGAAAUUUUUUCGAGUGUUAGCUAUAUGUCAUACAGCAUUACCUGAUCCAGAUAAAGAAUCGGGAGAAAUUUCCUAUGAAGCCGAAUCACCAGAUGAAGCGGCAUUUGUCAUAGCCGCGAGGGAGCUUGGUUUUGAGUUUUUUGCUAGGACACAAACAAGCAUAUCGUUGCACGAAUUGAAUUAUGAAAGUGGAAAAAAGGUUGACAGAGUUUACAAGCUUCUGCAUAUCUUAGAGUUCAGCAGUUCACGCAAACGAAUGUCGGUGAUAGUGAAAAGUGACGAAAACAAAAUAUUGCUCCUAUGCAAGGGUGCAGACAGUGUUAUGUUCGAAAGACUUUCACAAUAUGGAAGACAGUUUGAGGCCGAAACAAAGAAUCAUAUCAAAAGAUAUUCUGAGGCAGGUUUAAGAACCCUUGUAAUCACGUACCGCGAACUCGGUGAAGAAGAAUAUAAACUGUGGGACAAGGAGUUCUCAACGGCCAAAACUUCUUUAGCGGCCGAUCGUGAUGCACUUGUGGAUGCAGCUGCUGACAAGAUUGAAAGAGAGUUAAUACUUCUUGGAGCUACGGCUGUUGAGGAUAGACUGCAAAAGGGGGUUCCUGAAUGUAUUGAAAAGCUUGCUAUGGCAGGAAUCAAGUUAUGGGUAUUGACUGGGGACAAAAUGGAAACUGCAGUCAACAUAGGGUAUGCUUGUCGUUUACUUAGACAAGACAUGAAACAGAUAGUGAUCACUCUUGAUUCACCAGAUAUCAUAUCAUUGGAGAAACAAGGGAACAAGGAGGCUCUAGUAAAGGCCUCUCAGGAAAGCAUUGAGAAGCAAAUUAGAGAGGGAAUCUUGCAAGUCAAGUCAUCAAAAGAGAGUUCAAGUGCAGAAAAGGAAAGUUCUUCAUUUGGAUUGAUAAUUGAUGGGAGGUCCUUGGACUAUUCUCUCAACAACGUUUUGGAGAAGUCAUUCUUUCAGUUGGCUAUUAAUUGCGCUUCUGUCAUAUGUUGUCGGUCUUCACCAAAACAGAAAGCUCGCGUUACAAAAUUGGUGAAAUUGGGAACAGGGAAGACAACAUUAUCAAUUGGUGACGGUGCAAAUGAUGUCGGCAUGCUUCAGGAGGCUGAUAUUGGAGUUGGCAUUAGUGGUGCUGAAGGGAUGCAGGCUGUAAUGGCAAGUGAUUACGCAAUCGGUCAAUUCUGUUUUCUGGAGCAUUUGUUGUUGGUACACGGCCACUGGUGUUAUAGGCGAAUAUCAAUGAUGAUAUGUUACUUUUUCUAUAAAAACAUUGCAUUUGGAUUUACCCUAUUUUGGUUUGAGGCAUAUGCUUCUUUCUCCGGUCAACCUGCUUACAAUGAUUGGUACAUGUCGUUUUACAACGUGUUCUUCACUUCGCUACCGGUAAUCGCUCUUGGUGUUUUUGAUCAGGAUGUUUCUGCUAAACUAUGCCGAAAGUAUCCGUUUCUAUAUCUAGAAGGAGUAGAGAACACCCUCUUCAGCUGGCCUCGGAUAAUCGGCUGGAUGCUAAACGGAGUCAUUAGUUCCUUGCUCAUCUUCUUCUUAACCACUAACUCUGUCUUAAAUCAAGCCUUCAGAAAAGACGGUAAAGUGGUAGGUUACGAAAUACUCGGUGUCAUAAUGUACACUUGCGCCGUGUGGGUUGUGAAUUGCCAAAUGGCACUUUCCAUCAACUAUUUCACAUGGAUGCAACAUUUUUUCAUUUGGGGUAGCAUUGCAUUUUGGUAUGUUUUCUUGGUGAUUUAUGGUUAUGUAUCUCCAACCAUAUCAACUACAGCUUAUAGAGUAUUUGUUGAAUCAUGUGCUCCUAGUGCAUUAUAUUGGUUAGUUACUCUUUUUGUUGUUGUAUGUGUUCUUCUACCAUAUUUUUCUUAUAGAGCUUUUCAAAGUAGGUUUUCACCAAUGUAUCAUGAUAUCAUACAAAGAAAACAAGUAGAAGGGUGUGAAACUGAGAUAUGUGAUGAGUUACCUAAACAAGUACAAGGAAGGUUAAUACAUUUGAGAGAAAGAUUGAAGCAAAGGGAACCUUGAAAUAUGUAAAAUUUAAAUGCUAUAAAAUUUAUAUGAUUGUAAUUGUAUUUGGUUUAUUUGAUUAGUUUGGAAGUGAGAUUGAUGUAGUAAACAUUGCAAAUAGUUAUUUUUUUUUAGAGUUGAUUUUUUUUUUUUUUUACUUUUUAUAAUUUGGUUUCCAAUAGCUCAAACUUUAGUUGAGGUAAGAUGUGUGUAAUUGCCACUUGAUUUAGGUUAGGUAUGUAAAGGUUGUGUAAAUUAUUGUACCAUAUGUAACAUUUGAAUUUGUUAAUGGAAGCAACUAUACAUAUUUUACCAUA